GCCUAAUUUGGUGGUCUGGGAGGGGAGGAGUGUGCUGGGGAGGAAGUCAAGUGGGAGUGCUGCUCUUCUCUCGGAGAGACUCUUCACCGCUGGAUGUUUGUGUGAGACUCUGCAGCAGCACAGCACACCAGAGAGCGGUCAAGCGAACAUGUUUCUCUACGUCGACCAGCAAGUUUUUGGAGGGGAAAAUUGUGAUAUUAAGUCGGCUCUUACCGGAGACUUGAGUGGAAUAUGCGACCUCCUCCUGCAGCUGUCAAAAAGGCAUCUGUGAUCUUGGCUCCUCGGCUUCUCUCAGAGACACUGGCGUUCACCGCAGCCAUCCGACUUUCAGGUUGAUCUACCGGAGCGUCUACUGGUCGACAUCUGAGGGCGUCACCUCCAACAUGGCUAUCGUCCUGCACUCCACGCCCCUCCUCUGGACCCGCCUGGCGGCGCUGAUCUUCUCCUGCGUGGCCUUCUCGGUGGCGGUCCACGGCGGCCGGCUGUACCACGGCACGGGCGACUGGUGCAUCUUCUGCUGGGCCUUCAGCUUCGCCGGCACCGUGCUGGUGCUGCUGGUGGAGCUGUUUGGCCUGCAGACCCGAGCUCCCGUGUCCUGGAAGAACUUCCCCAUCACCUUCGCCUGCUACGCCGCCCUCUUGUGUCUGUCGGCCUCCAUCAUCUUCCCUCUCUACUACCUGAAGGGCUCCAUGGGGCCCAGCCAGGUGCGCGACUAUCGCAUCGUGUCCACCGUCUUCUCCUGCCUGGCCACCAUCGCCUACAUGACCGAGGUGAGCAUCAGUAAGGCGCGCCCGGGCGAGGUGGCGGGCUACAUGGCCACCGCCCCCGGCCUGCUCAAGGUGUGCGAGACCUUCGUGGCCUGCAUCAUCUUCGUCUUCAUCAGCGACCCCAUCUUGUACGACCGCCACGACGCCCUGAAGUACUGCAUGUCCGUCUACUGCAUCUGCUUCAUCCUGUCGGCCGCCAUCAUCCUGCUCUGCGUGGGCGAGUGCACCGGCUGCCUGCCCUUCCCCUUCGCCCGCUUCCUCUCCGCCUACGCCCUGCUGGCCGUGCUCCUCUACCUGUCGGCCACCAUCGUCUGGCCCAUCUUCAACUUCGACCCCAAGCACGGCGGGAGCAAGCAGCGGCCGUCCAACUGCGGCAACACGCAGGGUCUGUGUGUGUGGGACAAGCUGAUGGCGGUGGCCGUGCUCACCGCCGUCAACCUCAUCCUCUACCUGGCCGACCUCAUCUACUCCGCCCGCCUCGUGUUCGUCAGCGCUUGAAGGAGGCGGCGCGGCGCUAGUAGGCCUCAGACAAAAUGAAAUUUGGCAGGGUUGGCUUCACUUAAGACUGCGAUAUCGCGAUACUGCAAUGACUUGAUGGGCGGAAUAUCCCACUGAGAGCCAGCGUCCUCUGCAGUGAACAUUUGUCUUCUUUGUAAGCCUGACAUAAACAAGUUGACCAAAAACACUGCAGGGGACGCUGGUUUUUUUGGAGGAUAUUGGAAGAAAAAAAACAGCUGCGAUACAUAACGACAGAUAGUGUGGCAAAAAAGUAUUUAGUCAGCCGGCGAUUGUGCAAGUUCUCCCACUUAAAAUGAUGACAGAGGUCUGUCAUUUUCAUCAUAGGUACACUUCAACUGUGAGAGACAGAAUGUGAAGAAAAAUCCAGGAAUUUAUUUGUAAAAUGAUGGUGGAAAAUAAGUAUUUGGUCAAGCAUUCAAAGCUCUCACUGAUGGAAGGAGGUUUUGGCUGAAAAUCUCACGAUACAUGGCCCCAUUCAUUCUUUCCUUAACACGGAUCAAUCGUCCUGUCCCCUUAGCAGAAAAACAGCCCCAAAGCAUGAUGUUUCCACCCCCAUGCUUCACAGUAGGUAUGGUGUUCUUGGGAUGCAACUCAGUAUUCUUCUUCCUCCAAACACGACGAGUUCAGUUUAUACCAAAAAGUUCUAUUUUGGUUUCAUCUGACCACAUGACAUUCUCCCAAUCCUCUGCUGUAUCAUCCAUGUAUCCAUUUUGGUAUAAACUCAACUGGUGGUGUUUGGAGGAAGAAGAAUACUGAGUUGCAUCCCAAGAACACCAUACCUACUGUGAAGCAUGGGGGUGGAAACAUUUCCAGCAUCAUUUACAAAUAAAUUCUUUAAAAUUCCUACAAUGUGAAUUCCUGGAUUUUUUCCACAUUCUGUCUCUCCCAGUUGAAGUGUACUUAUGAUGAAAAUGACAGACCUCUGUCAUCAUUUGAAGUGGGAGAACUUGCACAAUCGCUGGCUGACUAAAUACUUUUUUGCCCCACUGUAUGUAGCACAGGAGGCAAAUGUGUAGAUACAGUUUCUAGUAUUGUUGUAUAUCAGACAUUGAUAUUAUUCUGCGAUACAUUACAAUAUACAGUGGUCCCUCUAACACUGAUUUUUUUGUGUGUGGGGGGCGGGGGGUCCAUUUUUUUAGAAGCAUAGUUUGGCGUGAAUCAAGCAUUUUAAAGCAUCCAAAAAUGUUUAAAUGAACUCAAGAUAUCAUUACUACAGUAGUAUUGGCCACUGGAUGAGAGCAAACUAAUCAGAGCAUGCUGUUCAGUAUCGUGGCCACUGAUUGGCUCAGCCUUACAUUAUUAUAUUGGACUAAGAAUGGUGUUUUCAUGUGUAGAGCAGUGGUUCUCAACCUUUUUUUCACUGAUGUACCCCCUGUGAAUAUUUUUUUAAUUCGAGUACCCCCUAAUCACAGCAAAGCAUUUUUGGUUGGAAAAAAGAUGAUUAUGUCAUCACUUUCUGAUUUAUUAAAUUGUAUAACAGUGCAAAAUAUUGCUCAUUUGUAGUGGUCUUUCUUCAACUAUUUGAAAAAAAAGAUAUAAAAAUAACUAAAAACUUGUUAAAAAAUAAACAAGUGAUUGAAUGAUAAAUGCAGAUUUCUCCAGAUAGAAGUAAUCAUCAACUUAAAGUGCCCUCUUUGGGGAUUGUAACUAAACAUUUCUUCACAAAAAAAGAAAUCUUUAACAUCAAUAUUUAUGGAACAUGUCCACAAAAAAUCUAGCUGUCAACACAGAAUAUUGUAUUGUUGUAUUUCUUUUCACACUUUAUGAACUUACAUUCAUAUUUUGUUGAAGUAUUAUUCAAUAUAUAUAUACAUAUAUAUGUCACGUACCCCUUGGAAUACCUUCAAGUACCCCCAGGGGUACACGUACCCCCAUUUGAGAACCACUGGUCUAGAGGACUCUAGUAAUGCUAAAAAUACACUCAGAACGUCAUAAACAUGUUUUGAUGCUCUCGCUAUGAACAUAUUCCAAUUUACAAUUAUUACUCUGCAGACAUUAAUUGACCAUGUUCAUAAACAAGUUGCUAAACAAAGGAUCACUGAAUAUGUAUCUGGUAAGGAAAGAUUUAUAGAUACGCACUUAUGAAAAUCUUAUCAAUAAAAAUUCAAUGAAGAUUUAGCUGCAUUCACGGGGGAAAAGAGACAACGUGACCUUUCAAAAUAAAGUACCGCUAAUAUGGUGGCGCCUGCCUGCCAAAUUUUAUUUGAAUAUGAUGCGUACUGUCUUGAUGAAGGAGACUGGUGCAUGUGUGUUUGGGGGGAGGGGGGGUCAAUAGGGGGGUCUUUGUGGCUAUGUUUACACGUACAGCAACGUCGACAGACCGCUGGAGCAUGCUAACGCUUAUGUUUCAUUCCUACUUCGGAGUCCAAAUGGAGAGAAAGAAGUUCUUAUGCAGUGCGCUUCAUUGGCGGCAAAAAUAAAAGAAUGCAUAAUUGUAGUCGGGCACAAUGACACUACUGGGACUCAUUUGCACGUUUGUAUUAACGGGCAAGAGAGUGGACUUUCUGUUGAAACAAAGGUGCAGAGCUAAUGAGGUGAAAUUUCAGGUUCAAUGUUAAAAGGUCUUUUUAGGACGAACAAUCAAGAAUAUAACAAUUUAUAUAUGUGGAAUAUGUGGCUUGAAAACAUUUAAGGUACUGUAUAUUUACAGUAUGUUUCUUUACAUAUACUGGAUGUAUCGUGUGUCCUGAGGGCUCCACUUGCUAAUAACGUAAAGUGACACCAACUCUUUAGCAGGCGUCAAGAAGCGCUUCUCCUCUCUUAGGCUGAUGUCAGUGUUGUACUUUUUCUUUUGAAAUAACUUUUGUAUUCCGCUGUUGGAAGUCUUUCAAGUGUGCCAGUGUUAUGGGAACAUUGUAACCCCGCAUUUCAUUAAAGACACGUAUUCAAGUUGA